CGCUCUAGUCUCAUGAAAGUACUUUUAAACCGCUCUGCACCUUUAAAUUCUGAUUCCUCUACAUCCUCAGUGCACAAUUCUCUUCUGAUGGGCAAUGAAGUUCCAAUACACAUCCCGACAAAAAAUCAUCUACAGCACGAUAUUUGUUACCCUGCUCCUCGGAAUCAUCAUCCCACUUGCUGUCAUGCUCGGACUCCGAAGAUACAGCACGCCAAAGUCCGCGAUAAUUGUCCCACUGUACAUAUAUCCAGCUCCUGGCGCCUGGGAUCCGUUGCUUGAAGCAAUUUCAAUCAAUCCAAGCCUCAAUUUCAUCGUGGUGGUGAACCCACACAGCGGGCCAGGUGCCGCAGCUGUACCAGACGCAAAUUAUACACGGGAGAUUCCACGCUUAAACUCCCACACCAACGUCCAGACUGUUGGUUACGUUCCUACAGCAUACACGAAGAGAGACCUUACGUUGGUAAAGCAUGAUAUCCGCACUUAUUCAGAGUGGAGAUCCAAUUCCACAGUCCCAGGACUAGGCGUUCAAGGCAUAUUUUUUGAUGAGACACCCUCGCAGUACGAUGAUACUAGCGCCUACUUCUUGCUCGAGGCCCAAAAAGAGGCUAGACAAGUUCUUGGUUUUACUUCCCGUUGUUUGCUGAUCAAUAAUCCUGGCACCAUCCCGGACACCCGGUUCCUAGAUGGGCCCAACAUGACAGUGGUCUUUGAGGGCACCUACGACACAUACCAAAUGCAUGGCUUCAGUCACAAGAUCGAAAUGCUGGGCCGCUUGCAGGGUAUCAAAGCCUCGCGACAGGACUUCGGUUGCAUCAUGCAUUCGCUCCCUAAAGACGUAGCAGGUAGCGAGGCCUCUGUGAAGAAGGUAGUGCGGGAGCUGAGAAAUAUCGCCGGGGCCGUCUUCCUGACAGAUCUUGGGGAAAAUUACUACAGCACAUUUGGUACUUGCUGGAAACAAUUUGUAGAGUUAGCCAAGUGAUUAAUUGGGCUGUGAUCUGAUUAGGAAGAUUCAAGCAGCAGAGUACUCCAAGAUGGAUGACGUGCUGAAGCGAGCUAUCCUAAUGUCAUACAGUUCCACGUAGUACAGAGUAUGCUUCAUAUUGAUAUCUCUCGUUGCUCGUGCC